GGUGUAAAAGAAAAAUGGAAGAAAAUCCCAUAAUCCCUACCUAGACAGGUUUACCACAAGCCUGUGUCACUGUCCGGUGAACACAGCGUCGACAUUAGGGUAAGGACUGAAGUCGGAGAUGCUGCGGGAGUCGCCGGAAGUAAUUUUCCCAGGGUGGUUUUAUUGAAGAGAUCUCAGCCAUUAAUUUUAAUCUACGUUGGAGAUUUAUUUAAAUCCACAGACACUCUCCAAAAUCUCUUAAAUUUCUCCGCCCAUAAAUAAAACUCAACAACUAACGAUCCUUAAUUUCUCCACAACACAACACAAACUAUGGUGUUCCUUAAUUGCUCCGCCCAUUGGCAUAUUUCCCUCCUAUAAAUAAAUUCUCAAUCUUUUUCUUCUUCAUUUUUCAUUUUUCAUUUAUUCAUCUUUCUUGGGUGAUCCAAUGCCUAUGGCGACGACCCAUUUCCAGGGAUUGGGAGUUGUGACCCCAUCAUUCUCUUCUUCCCACUCCAACAAGUUCCUGCUUUCUUCUCGUUCAGUUUCUUUGAUUGGUUCAGAGAGGAAAGAUGGCAUAUUUAUGGUUAGAUCUGAUGCAGCAAGGGUUCUGAAGACUGAAGGUCGUAAGCAUGAAUUGUUGGUUACUAAUGCAGUUGCAACAAAGGGAGGAGCCAGUUCUGCGGCUUCUACCUCAAAAUCUGGAUCUGGGCAUGAACUUCUCCUUUUUGAGGCCCUACGUGAAGGUUUGGAGGAAGAAAUGGAGAGGGAUCCUUGUGUAUGUGUCAUGGGUGAAGAUGUAGGUCAUUAUGGAGGAUCUUAUAAGGUGACUAAAGGCCUUGCCCCAAAGUUUGGGGACCUUAGAGUUUUGGAUACCCCUAUUGCUGAGAAUGCCUUUACAGGGAUGGGCAUUGGAGCUGCCAUGACUGGUCUGAGGCCAGUUGUUGAGGGCAUGAACAUGGGAUUUCUACUUCUGGCAUUUAACCAGAUCUCUAAUAAUUGUGGCAUGCUGCAUUACACAUCUGGAGGCCAGUUCAAAAUACCAAUUGUCAUUCGUGGACCUGGUGGAGUUGGGCGGCAACUUGGAGCAGAGCACUCACAGCGAUUGGAGUCAUAUUUUCAAUCAAUCCCUGGAAUCCAGAUGGUGGCUUGCUCAACCCCUUACAAUGCCAAGGGCUUGAUGAAAGCUGCAAUCCGAAGUGAGAAUCCCGUGAUUCUUUUUGAGCAUGUUUUGCUUUAUAACCUCAAGGAGAGAAUUCCAGAUGAAGAGUAUGUAUUGUCACUCGAAGAAGCUGAGAUGGUUAGGCCUGGGGAGCAUGUCACAAUAUUAACCUAUUCCAGGAUGAGGUAUCAUGUCAUGCAAGCUGCUAAGACACUGGUGAACAAGGGGUAUGACCCCGAAGUGAUCGAUAUCAGGUCUUUGAAACCGUUCGAUCUUCACACAAUCGGGAAUUCAGUGAAGAAGACACACCGUGUGCUAAUUGUGGAAGAGUGCAUGCGGACAGGUGGAAUUGGUGCUAGUUUGACAGCUGCAAUUACCGAAAAUUUCCAUGACUAUUUGGAUGCCCCUAUAGUAUGUUUAUCCUCUCAGGAUGUACCAACUCCUUAUGCUGGAACAUUGGAGGAAUGGACAGUAGUUCAACCUGCUCAGAUUGUCACUGCAGUUGAGAAACUCUGCCAGUGAUUGCUACAAAACACUAGCAAUUGUGCUUGUUAAAUUAAGCUAGAAUUUUCAUCAUGGCUUUCUCUUUACCUUUUAUUUCUUAAGUCUCCCAUAACGUAAAUUGUUAUUUAACUUUUGUUAAUCUUUGCAUUUUUUUUCUUAAAAGAAGAAUAUUUAGAACCCUCAAGCCAAUCCAACUCCUUCUCAACUAGUUCAUCUACAUCAUUUGUGUGGUGUGUGUAAGAGUUGGGCAAAGCCCUAUUACUAGGGAGAUAUUUAUAGUCAGUUCUGAAUCCCGCAAAUCUGUUAUAGAUCCACUUUUUUUUUUAAUUGACUCGUAUGGAUGUAGUUCUCAUCGAUUUUAAAUAUGCUAUUCAAUAUAUAGUAGCUAUGGAAUUGCACUGCUGCUAAAAGACAGCUGA